CAAUGCCCCACUCCUAUAGAACUGCCCCUGCAUAAAGGUAAAAAAAAGAAAAAACAGGGAGAUGUACAUAUGAUUCUGCUGAACUUUUUUUGCACAUUCAUCAGCAGUAACCUCCAUUUUUCUCUAGAUAAAUAGUUAGUGUGUAGCUACAUUCAUGUCACACGAUCGCAACCAGUCUCUCAAAGAGAUUCCCCUCCAGCCCCUCAUGGACUUUCCAUUUCUCACACCCCUCCCUCUGAGAGGUGCCCCUCCACCUCCCAGGUCCAAGAUGAGCACCCAGGGCCUCACAUUGUGCCUGUCAAAGAGAAGACUUGCAUCGACUGAGCCGGCACAAGCAGUAUGUUUCCCUGCGAUUUAUGGCGAUGAGGGAUUACCAGGGCUUAACGUACCUCCAAUUAGUCAAAGUCCCCAAUUGUUUGUGUGGAAAAAAAAAACAGUGGGGCGGCAGAAUUCAGAGUGCAUGUUACUCAGUGGUCUUUAUUUCCUCAAUGCUGCAGAGCUGGAUGACAUGAUGCUGCAGAGCCCGCUCACCUCUGCAUCGUUUUCCAUCAAAGAUAUCCUGAAGCCGGAGCAGCAGCAGCUCACACACCGCAGCCACAGCCAGCACCACCUGUCAUGGUCUCCUCCCCAGCAGCAUUUCCAAAGCCCGCUKUUCUGCAUACUUGCCCGGCAUCGGGACAACGCUUCUUUCUCCAACAGGCAAGACAACUUGGCUUAUCUGAGCAGGCUGGCUGUGCGGGACGAGGAGUGUGGGGACACCAGCCUGUCCCCAAACAUGUACAUCCAUUCCGGGCUGCAAGGAGACAAGCUGGAGGCCACCGAGCUGGAGGAGCCAGAGAGCAAGAGCUGUGGAAUGGUGUCCCGGAAGGAGGCCGUGGAUGGUGAGCAGGCGAGGUCGGAGAGGCCGGUGAAGAAGCAGACGAACCGCCGGAGACCCCGGGUCCUCUUUUCCCAGGCGCAGGUCUUUGAGCUGGAGCGGCGCUUCAAGCAACAGUGCUACAUGUCCGCCCCCGAACGUGAGCACCUGGCGAAUAACCUGAAGCUCACCUCCAACCAGGUAAAAAUAUGGUUCCAGAACCGCCGCUACAAGUGCAAGCACCAGCGACAAGACAAGCCCCUGGAAGCGGCAGGGCAGCACCAGCACCGCGCGCCACCACCACGGCAUGUCGCCGUUCCCGUUCUGGUCCGGGAUGGGAGGCCGUGUCUUGCUGGUACGCAGAGCUACUCCCCCGAGGCUACUUACGGCUCCAAACUGUACAGCUACAACGGGAACCCGGCCGACAGCUACAACAGCCCUGCUUACAGCAACAGCUACAGCUGCUUGGGAGCCAUGAGUGGCCUCGGCGGCUACCCCCAGACUCAAACACACCAAGGGACAGUGGUCACGUACUGCCAGGGCUCGCUGCAGGGGAUCCUGGCAUCUGCAGAACCGAACUCAGCUCCUUCAGUUUAGAUUUAUUUUUUAAUCAACCCAACACUUUUGUCACGUGGAUCUGGUGUUUUUUAACAGUAUAUGUGCGUUUGGAUUCAACUGACCACUGACCAUCAGCUUUUUACUGGUGGAUUAAUUCGUUAGGCAGUGUACAACGUUUGCUUUUUUUCUAGCUGAUCCUCUGAAAGAUUUGGUUCUUAAAUGYCCUGUAAUUUUACAAUUUUUUAAAGUGUGUUUGUUUGAAAAGAUAAUUGUUUUCAAUGUAUUCAAAUAAACUAAAGCUAUUUUAA